AAGCGGCGGAAAACGCGAGGAAGCUCUCCCUUUAUAACACACCUAAAAAAAAAACUUUCACUUCUCAAUUUGAAUUCAAAAUCUAUUUCUCUUCCUUCUACCAUCGAUCUACCAUCUGAAUCUCACUCACUCAACACACGGAUCCUAAACCCUGAAUCAUUUCUUCGAAUCUUCACUUCUCUGGUCGCUUCUGCUCUUCUUCCCAAAUCUCCCUAUUUGGACUCGGUCUACGCAAUUGGGCAUCUGGGUUUCUCGAAAAUCGAUCUCUUGCUGGUGUGGAAAUGGAUGAAAAGAGAGGGGUUUCGUCUGAACCGGCAUCGAUUCCUCCGCUUUCGGGAGAGAAGCGUAAGGAAAGUGGAUUAGAAGAGAGAGAUGAAUUAGGGUCUAAACGUGCCAAAGUGCGAGAUCUGGAUUCUGAUACUAAAAUUAGUAGUUUGCAACCAAAAAUAAGUAGUGGACAGAUGUCUGAAGUGCUUGUGGCUCCUGCUGCUGAAGGUUUAGGAAGGGUAGUAGUGAGAGAAAAGGAUGUUUCCGCUAAAGAUGAUAAUAGAUUGGUUGCUAAUUCUGGAAAACAGGCUUUGCCUGAAAAGAAUGUUUUGGCUAAAGAUGAUAGUAAAUGCGAGUCGCAACGAGGAGGACAAGUUGAUGCGGUUUCUAAAAAUAGCAGCCUCUUGAAACCGAGGGAGGUUUCUGAAUCCGUUGUUGUUAGUCCACGAGAUCCUUCGGUUUCAAAUCAGAUGUGUGGUGCAGAGGGUUCACUGGAAAAGUCAGAUUCGAUGCGGCGGUGGAUGGAAAUGAAGCGAAACGGUUUUCUCUCUGGCCCUUUGGGUGGAGUAUCAGCACCGAGCUCUGCAGCACCAACUACUCCUGUUGAAGUACCCGCGCAAAAGCAGCAGAAGAAUAAGAGACGAGGCGAUUCUGUAAAGAAGAGAAACGAAGCUCCUAGGAAGGAACAGCAGCAGGUAGAUAGGUUCUCGAAUGUUACCGCGCCAAGUGGAUUGCUGACGGAGUUGAAUCCUGGGAUCAUUAACCAUGUCAGGAGCAAGAAGCAGGUCUGCUCUAUUAUUGAAGCGUUGAUUCGAAAUGCGACUCAUGAUGGGGAAAGAAAUACUGAUUUGAAUGUAAGAGGUUCAGUCAGAGAAGAUAAGGCAUUAGCGUUUAAGUUACCAUCUACCGGGGCAUCUGAUCAUGCCAACUCCUUUACAACCCCGGAACAAGCCACGUCUCUAGCUGUUCAAGCUGCUACCGUAGCAUCUCAAUGGUUGGAUUUUCUUCACCAAGACCUCAGUGGACGGCUUGCAGCUGUACAGGAAAGUAAGAACAGAGUUCAUAAUAUCUUGACGGCCGAGUUACCACUUCUCGUUUCAUCAAAAGAGUCUUCUUCUACGAAUGUCUCUGGUGAUGUUACUUCUGAUAAAACAGGAAAAGAGACGCAUCAUAUUAAGUGGUCUGCAAAAUUUGAUCAGAUUAAGAAAGCUCUUUUGGAUGAAGAGAAAGAUCUGGAACAGUCAUUAAACCAAGUGAAGGAGAUGCAGUCACGAUGCAACGAAGGUCUACGACAAAUGGAUGAGUCCUCGCCUUUCAGUUCUCAGUCAUCAGAUUCAAGUUUUGGGAAAGAUGGUAGCAGUGUGGAGACUAGUAUGGCGGUUCAGGCGACUGCAGCUUCUAUUUUUUCAACCUGCAGUUUUCUUCUGUCCAUGAUGAAGCCGCCGGCUACUAGUUCCUAAUCUGGAGACUAGUAUGACUCGACCACGGCUAAUCCCACAGCCUAUUGUAUUUUGUGUCCUCACUUGUGUUGGUUACCCAUAUGUAGUGUAAAUAACACGGGGUUGACAGUUUUUGUCAGUCGUAUAUGUAAACAUUAGAAGACAUCUGUUUUUAUCUUUGAAGAGAGCAAAGUUUCCUUUGAAUAAAAAACACACGACUUAAUAAAGAGAUUUGUUGUCUC